GAGGUGAAAUCCGCCCUGUUACCACCAUUGUUGGUGCUGUCAUCUUCUUUGUCAUUGUAGAGCACAAGUACUCCUCCGGGCCCUCCUCACUCCAUCCGAAAUGCGUGCUCAGUCCUUUCCCCAGAUGCCGCGAGCACCGGGCAUGUUCCAACGGCAGCCCGUAAACCAAGGCAUCCCUGCCGCCCCUGCCGUGCAGCAGCGUCCUGUGGUGCAGGAGCACUCCGACGUCAUUCACGACACGCAGUUCGACUACUACGGCCUGCAGCUCGCCACCGCCAGCUCUGAUCGGACGAUCGGCAUUCACGUCGCGCGCGCCGGCGCACCGCUUCACCGCGUCGCCACGCUGACGGGUCACGAGGGUCCGGUGUGGAUGGUGAGCUGGGCGCACCCGCGCUUUGGUAACCUCCUCGCCUCCGCCUCCUACGACCAGAAGGCGAUCAUCUGGAAGGAGAUUCCGCAGGGCUCGUCGAAUUGGGUGCCGGUGCACGUCAUCGACAUCCACCAAGGCAGUGUCAACGCCGUGCAGUGGGCGCAAGAGGAGUACGGCCCCGUCGUGGCCACCGCGAGCAGCGACGGCGCCGUGGCCAUCACCACCUAUCGCGGAGGGUGCUGGCAGCCGAGCAUCAAACUCAGCAACAAUAGCAAUCAAAUUGCUCACGCGAUGGGCGCCACGUGUGUUGCGUUCGCACCCUUCAAGUCAACCCUGGCGGACCACAUGGUGGUCGCCUCCGGUGGAUGCGACAGUCACGUGCGUCUGUGGGUGUCACCGAGCGCGGCGGAGGGCGGGCUCUCCUUUGAGCUGCACCAGGUGCUGGAGGCGCAUGCGGAUUGGGUGCGCGACGUCGCCUUCUGCCCGACGUCACCGGCGUCGCGUUUUGUCGUGCUGGCGUCGUGUGGUCAGGACAAGACCGUCGUUAUCUACCGCAAACCGUGGGAGCAGCUGUGCGCGGAGAUCGGCGACGGCCCCGCGCAGGCGACGGAAUGGGAGCGGAGCGUCAUUGCCUUCACCGAGCCUGUGUGGCGUCUCUCCUGGGCACCCUCAGGGGAGAUGCUCGUGGUAACGAACGCCCAAUCCGAGGUGUUUGUCUUGCGCGAAGGCGCCGACUUCACGGAGCCGUGGAUUAAGCUUCCCUUAAAGGAUUUCCAGAAGUAA